AUGAAGUCGUUCGGAAUCGCCGCUGCCGCGGCUGCGCUCUUCGCGCGCGCCGCCCUGGCGGACGUCCCACCGAUUGUCAUCAAGGGCUCCAAGUUCUUCUACUCCAACAACGGCACCCAGUUCUACAUCCGCGGUGUCGCCUACCAGCAGGAGUACUCCACCAACAGCAGCUCGUCCGACAGCAGCGCCGACAACUACAAGGACCCGCUUUCCGACACCACCAGCUGCAAGCGUGACAUCCCCUACCUCACCGAGCUCCGCACCAACACCAUCCGUGUCUACGCCAUCAACCCUGACGAGGACCACGAUGAGUGCAUGCAGGCGCUGCAGGACGCCGGCAUCUACGUCGUUGCUGACCUGUCGUCUCCCGGCACCUCCAUCAACCGCAACGAUGCCGCCUGGAACGACAAGCUGUACGCCCGCUACACUGCCGUCAUCGACGCCAUGGCCAAGUACAACAACACCCUCGGUUUCUUCGCCGGUAACGAGGUCUCCAACCAGGCCAACAACACCGACGCCUCCGCUUUCGUGAAGGCCGCCGUCCGCGACAGCAAGGCCUACAUCAAGGCCCAGGGCUACCGCACCAUUGGUGUUGGUUAUGCUACCAACGAUGAUGCCGACAUCCGUGUCGACAUGGCUGACUACUUCGACUGCGGUGACUCCGCCUCUGCCAUCGACUUCUGGGGCUACAACAUCUACUCGUGGUGCGGUGACUCUUCGUACACCAAGUCCGGCUAUGAUGUUCGCACCAAGGAGUUCGAGAGCUACAACGUCCCCGUCUUCUUCGCUGAGUACGGCUGCAACGAGGUCACUCCCCGCAAGUUCACCGACACUCCUACCCUCUUCGGUGACCAGAUGAACGAUGUCUGGUCCGGUGGUAUCGUCUACAUGUACUUCCAGGAGGAGAACGACUACGGUCUCGUCACCGUCGAUGGCAACACCGUCAGCACCCUCAAGGACUUCAGCUACUACUCCAGCCAGAUCCAGAAGGCCACUGCUACUGGUGUCAACUCUGCCGACUACACUCCCACCAACACCGCCGCCGCCGACUGCCCGUCCGUCGGCACUGCUUGGCAGGCCAAGGCUACUCCUCUUCCCCCGACCCCCAACACGGAGCUCUGCCAGUGCAUGUACAACUCGCUGAGCUGCGUUGUUGCUGAGGAUGUCGACACUGACGACUACGGUGACCUUUUCGGCGUUGUCUGCGGUCUUAACGACGAGGCUUGCGCCGGUAUCACCCACAACGCCACCACCGGUGUCUACGGUGCCUACAGCAUGUGCAACACCACUGAGCAGAUGGCUUUCGUCCUCAACCGCUACUACGAGCUUGCCGACAGCAGCUCCAGCGCUUGCGCUUUCUCUGGCUCUGCUACCCUCAAGUCUGCCGUCACCCCCACUGGCCAGUGCUCUAGCCUGAUCAAGGAGGCCGGUACCGCCGGUACCAACACCAUCACCUCUACCCCCACUGGCACCGGUUCCAGCAGCGGCAGCGCUUCCGGCACUUCCACUGGUGCUGCUAUGGCCAUCCAGGCCCCCAGCUUCCAGAUCGGCGGUGUUGUCCAGAUGGGUGCUUACAUCUUCGGUGCCGUCCUCACCGGUGCUGGCAUGAUCCUUCUGUAA